AUGCUGUACCUCUACCUCUUCUUUCUUCUCCCGUGGAUUGCCAUGGGAAUGCCGCGACCUCAGGAACAAUCCUUGGAGCCACGGCAGCAAGCUUCUUCUUACUGGCUGGCGCAGAUCCAACGACAGGGCACUGUCGCGUUUGGUUCUGAUUCAGCCUACAAAAUCUUUCGGAAUGUUAAGGAUUAUGGAGCAGUUGGUGACGGCGUGACGGAUGAUACCACAGCAAUCAACAAUGCUAUUGCCGAUGGUGCUCGAUGUGGUCUCGGCUGCGACAGUUCAACCACGCUCCCUGCGAUUGUCUACUUCCCUCCAGGCAAAUAUGCAGUCUCGGCACCGAUCGUCCAGUACUACUACACACAAUUCGUGGGUGAUGCGGUGAACGUUCCAACCAUCAUCGCCACUGCCAACUUCGAAGGCCUAGCUGUUCUCGAUACUGACCCCUACAUUCCUGGAGGCAAUGGAGCGCAGUGGUAUACCAACCAAAACAACUUCUACCGGCAGAUCCGCAAUUUUGUCAUAGACAUCACGCAAAUGCCAGAAGACAAGGGUGCUGGGAUCCACUGGCAAGUUGCGCAGGCCACCAGCCUUCAGAACAUUGUCUUCAAUAUGGCCCCAAAGAGCCCGGCCAACAAGCAGCAAGGGAUAUUCAUGGACAAUGGAUCUGGAGGCUUCAUGAGCGACCUCGUCUUCAAUGGCGGGAACUACGGCGCCUUCCUCGGCAAUCAGCAGUUUACCUCUCGCAACAUGACAUUCAACAAUUGCAAUACGGCAGUCUUCAUGAACUGGAACUGGCUCUGGACAUUCAAGUCUCUUAGCAUCAACAACUGCGAUGUCGGAAUCGACAUGUCCACUUUAUCAAACGGUGUCAAUCAAACUGUCGGCUCCGUAGUUGUAUUGGACAGUGUCAUGUCAAACACUCCAAUUGGAAUCAAGACAUCUUAUAACGUGACAAGCCAGCCCAUCAGUGCAGGCACUCUGGCAUUGCAGAAUGUAGAUUUCAGCACCGUGCAAAAAGCAAUUGUUGGUGCGAAUGGCGCUGACCAGAUUCUUGCUGGAGGAAGCGUCGUCGGAUCAUGGGGUCAAGGCGACUAUUACCACCCUGCCUCGGGUAAUCAGCCUGUCAAACGAAAGCCUCAAGCUGCAGCAAGCACUACUUCUUCGGACUGUAGCGCGACCACAACGACGACGACAGUGACCCUCUCUCCGACCGCUAAUGUCCCCAUGUUGACCACCACAGUGACGGUGUCGCCUCUACCAGUCUCUGAUGCCAGCGCUGCUCCUAUUGCGGCGUCAAAUGCAACUAUUCUAGGCAACUCUACUUCGACCAAUUCCGUGGCCACUGCUACGUCGAGAUCCUGUGCGGCCUCUCCAGUCGCACUUCAAUCCUCGCGAGUGCAACAAGGACUCACCAAUCCCACGCUGCCUGCGGCCCUCAUGAAUGGCAACGCGGUAUUUGAACGGUCGAAACCGCAAUAUGAGAACAUACCCGCUUCGUCAUUCAUCAGUGUCAAGUCAAAAGGAGCGAAGGGCGAUGGUUCUACCGAUGAUACUACCGCACUGCAGCAGAUCUUGAACAGCGCGACUGAAGACCAAAUCGUCUACUUUGACCAUGGGGCCUACGUGGUGACGGAUACUCUCAAGAUUCCCAAGAACAUCAAGAUCACCGGUGAGAUCUGGCCGCUGAUCAUGGCCCGAGGCUCGGCAUUCAUGGAUGUCAAUCACCCCAAGCCAGUUCUCCAGGUUGGAUCCCCAGGCGAUACAGGAUCCGUGGAGAUUUCCGAUCUCAUUUUCGAGACCAUGGGAGCCCUGCCAGGCGCGAUCAUGAUGGAGUGGAACGUUGCUGAGACGUCUCAAGGAUCUUGCGGCAUGUGGGAUGCGCACUUCAGAAUUGGUGGGACUGCAGGCACUCAACUGCAACAAGACACUUGCCAGGCCAACGUGACCGGGUCAUUCCAAUUCAAGCCGGAAUGUGCCGGCUCGUUUCUCAUGAUGCAUAUCACCCAGCAAGCCACUGCAUAUCUCGAGAAUGUCUGGUUCUGGGUUGCUGAUCAUGAGCUCGACAUCUCCACACAUAACCAGACGGAUAUCUUCAAUGGCCGCGGCCUGCUGGUGGAAAGUCAAGGUCCAACAUGGCUGUAUGGCACUUCCUCCGAGCACAGCCAACUAUACAAUUAUCAGCUUGCGAAUGCUCAGAAUGUCUUCAUGGGAGCUAUCCAGACGGAGACGGCAUAUAUGCAGGCUAGUCCCAAUGCCCUCGAGGGAGGAUUCACUCCGAAUGCGGCCUUUUCGGAUCCCACGUUUGCCGAUUGCACCACCGAGUCGUGUAAGAAGACCUGGGGUCUUCGCAUCGUGGACUCGACUGACGUGUACAUGUACGGAGGAGGCCUCUACAGCUUUUUUGACAAUUACAUCCAAACAUGCCUUGACACGGAGUCGUGCCAGGAGAACAUGGUCGACAUCCAGUGUUCGACCAAUGUCAACUUGUAUGGCUUGACCACCAAGGCAUCAACCAACAUGAUCAAUGUCGAUGGCACUCCAGAGGUCUUCGAGCACGAUCACACCAACUUGUUUGGACAGACAUUGUUGCUCUUCCAGCAAUGA